AUGGCCGACCAACACGAUGUCGACCUCGACUCCAUAAUCGAUAGACUUCUCGAGGUCCGAGGCAGCCGUCCCGGUAAGCAGGUGCAGCUGCUCGAAUCCGAGAUUCGCUACCUUUGCACCAAGGCUCGCGAGAUUUUCAUCUCCCAGCCUAUUCUUCUUGAGCUCGAGGCUCCCAUCAAGAUCUGCGGCGAUAUCCAUGGCCAGUACUACGAUCUCCUCCGCCUUUUCGAAUAUGGUGGCUUCCCUCCCGAGGCCAACUACCUCUUUCUCGGUGACUACGUCGACCGUGGCAAGCAGUCGCUCGAGACCAUCUGCCUUCUCCUCGCCUACAAGAUUCAGUACCCCGAGAACUUCUUCAUCCUCCGCGGCAACCACGAGUGCGCCUCGAUCAACCGCAUCUAUGGCUUCUACGACGAGUGCAAGCGCCGUUACAACAUUAAGCUCUGGAAGACCUUCACUGACUGCUUCAACUGCCUGCCUAUUGCUGCUAUCAUUGACGAGAAGAUCUUCACCAUGCACGGCGGUCUUAGCCCAGACCUCAACUCCAUGGAGCAGAUCCGUCGUGUCAUGCGUCCCACUGACAUUCCCGACUGCGGUCUCCUCUGCGAUCUCCUCUGGUCUGAUCCCGACAAGGACAUUACUGGAUGGAGCGAAAACGAUCGCGGUGUCUCCUUCACCUUUGGCCCAGAUGUCGUGUCGCGCUUCCUCCAGAAGCAUGACAUGGACCUCAUCUGCCGUGCUCAUCAAGUCGUCGAGGACGGCUACGAGUUCUUCUCCAAGCGCCAGCUUGUCACACUCUUCUCUGCUCCCAACUACUGCGGCGAGUUUGACAAUGCCGGUGCCAUGAUGAGCGUUGACGAGAGCUUGCUGUGCUCGUUUCAGAUUCUCAAGCCCGCCGAGAAGAAGCAGAAGUUCGGUCGUCGCUAA